AUGGGUAUUGCAUUGCAUUUGGAUGCAGAAAGCCAACUGCUGACCACGUUCAACAGCCCGUUUGGACGGUAUUGCUACAAGCGUAUGCCAUUUGGCCUAGUGAUGAGCCAAGAUGUGUUCCAGCACCGAAUGGACCAGAACUUAGAGCAGUGCAUUGGCGUCAUCGGGAUCACAGAUGACAUUGUCGUGCUCGGAGACUCGCAGCAGUCACAUGAUAGAAAUCUGUACGCUUUGAUGGAGGUUGCGGCUAAGUCAGAUCUGAAAUUCAACAGCAGCAAGUGCUCCAUCAAUCAGGAACGAGUCGUUUUCUUUGGCAUGGUCUACGACAAACAUGGUGUCCAUCCGGAUCCAGCAAAGGUCCACGCAGUGAAAUCUAUGCCAACUCCACGUGACAAGACUCAACUGCAGGAGUUUUGGGGAUGGCUACCUACCUGA